AUGCAGCGCGUCCUUGUUCCCUAUAUCUUCUAUCUGAUCAGCUUUAGCUCAACUGGUGCGGUGGUGAGACUUUUGUGCAAAAACAAGAAGAACGCAACAUCGGAGGCAACUACGGACAAGAACGGAUAUUUCCUGCUAUAUGCCCCUAAAACGGUAUCCAACUACGCCAUCAGAAAUUGCCGAGCUUACCUAGUGAAGUCUCCGGACGCUAAAUGCAGCAAAGUGUCGAAGCUCCACGGUGGAUACUUGGGCUCCUUUCUAAAACCAGUGGUGAAACCUGAAAAUGCAACGAUCAUCUUCAAUAAGCUCAAGUACAGUCUUUUCAACGUUGGUCCAUUCGCAUUCGAGCCUGUCUGCCCCAAAUGA